AUCACCGAGGCAAUGUUUGAUUAUUUAAUUCGCAAAAUCAUGAAAUAUUUCAAAUAAGCAGAAAAUCAUGGCUUACGCAGCAAUUUAAUCUGUUUAGUGAGUACCCCUACUUUUACUAUUAUAAGAAUCAAAAUUAAAUCUACUUUGGCGACUACUUUGGCGAAAUUUAACAUUUUGACGAAGUGUACAUGAACACGAAAAAUUUUAUGAGUAUUUAAGAAUAUCGUUUAUUUUGUGGAAGAGACUUAUCGUACUACUUUGAGAGCCACUGUUUUUCUGAAAAAAAAAACUUUAAUUUUAUGGGAAAGUCAUCUGAUGCAGUUCCAAGUGAUUCUGUAAAUACGGUUUUGCGUGUUCAUGUGGGAAAAUCAUGUAAGAAAAGCAAUAAGUACAUUUUUUGAUAUGUUGAUCAUUUCGCAAUGACACAUUUUAUAAUGAUAGUCAUUUCUAGUAUGGGAAUGUUAUUUUACAGGCGAAAUCAGGCUAAAACUGGCUAUAUUUGCAAUAGAUGAAACUCGUUCCAUAUUUUCAAAUGUGGAAAUCCUGGUCUGCGAAAACGUGCGAAAGUUAACAAAUGGGCAUGUCAAACAUAAGCUUUUUUUAAAGUAAAAUUUUCAAUAGCAUGAUAAAUAUGAGAGAUAGAUUGGAGAUAGAUAUAUACUUUCUUCGAGAAAGUUACGCGUUUUAAUAAGGCUAAUCAUUGCAAGAACAUUUGAAAAUUGAGAAAAAUGCAUAUAAAAAGUUAUAAGCAAAAAACCGAUUUUUAGGAGUGCUUCAUAAAAAACGCCUCAAAUGUACAUACAAAUCAAGGAUAGAAAUUUUGUAAGUUCGGCGAAGUCUACAAACCGAUUUUAAGGGGCGCUUAAUAAAAAACGCCUCAAAUGUACGUACAAAUCAAAAGAUAGAAAUUUUGUAAGUUCGGCAAAUUGUCUACAACUUCUCUGAACAAACAUAUUUUUUAGCUUACAAAUAAGAAAGAUAGAAAUCGUUUCUCACUAUUAGGGGGAUUGAUCACAAAAUUGAUGUUUCCAUAAAUUAGGGCUUAUUUUAUAGAAAAACUUUGCCGAAGACACCAAAGAUCAAAAAUCAUGUUUUCACGGUCAAAACAAUUUCGAUCACGUUUUUGGGCCAUCCGCAACAGCGUGCGACGGUUCAAAAUGAUAUGGUAGGGUGGUGCUGAUUUAGUGGUAAACGGUGGUGACGAAUGCGGGAAUUGAUGCAGGAGAAGCAAUAUUUACAUACAUGUAUGUAAGUGUAUGUAAGUGUGACCAGUUUUAUUCAAUAGAGCACAAGAACUAAUCACUAGUUAGAUGACAACGUGAAAAAAAAAUCUUAAACUUUUCAUUAUUCAUUGCCAGAAUUUUAAAAGUGUGUUGGCGCUUACGUCAACUAUGCAAAUAUGCGCAGUUUAGUAUGUCUAAGUUUGCUUGGGAGUAUCUUUUCGCCCCGUUUCACAGUAUUAUUGUAAAUUUGUAAUUUAAUAUUCAAGUUGUUUAUUUUGGUUUAUUGCAGAAUGAGAAUUUGUCACACAGGCUUCAUAAACUGAGUAGCAAUGCCGCAAAGCUUAUAAAACAGGAAGAUGAGAUAAACAUCGAUCUGGAAAUGGUAUCCCAUCAAUUAUUACACCAGAAGCUAGUGUUUUGUACACAUGACUUUUUCGACAUUGAUUUAAAAUUUCUCAAUUUGAUAGUGGGUGCUGUAACCACUUACCUAAUAAUUUUAUUGCAGUUUUAAGUGAUUGCUCGCAAACCGCAUGCAAGAAGCGAUCAGUAAGCAUUAAAUAUGCAUAAACCCAUUUGGGUUCUAAGUGGCCGUAUUUAGGUGAAUGGUAAAUAUUAGUCGAGUGCAAACACAUCAUGGAGAAACACUUUGUUCGAGUCAAUUGGAACUUGUUUCUAGUAUUCUCGAGUGCCGGACUGGUCCCAUUUUCCGUUGAUAAGCGUACACUUCAUGUGAAAGAGAGUUUCGGAAAAAUUCUUCUAUGGCUGCUGGUUUUAUCAAUCAAUAUAAUUUGUUUCCAGCAGAUCUACGCAAAUAGCUUGAAAGGCAGUUGGCAUGGAGUGGUAGUGAAAUUCUCUGAAUGGUGUAUAUUAAUUCUCAUAACUGCUGAUGUCGGAUGUAUACUUCUUCAAGCUUUGCUAUGUCGACACAACCAUAUGUUACUUAUUGAUGGCAUCAAUAUAAUUGACUUCACUAUCCGAGAAAAGUAUCGACUGCAAUGCAAUGAUCAAAAAGAUAGAAACCGCACCUUUCUGAAGCUUGUAGUUUUGGGAUUACACUGGACGUUAAUACAUAUUUGUGAGAUAAUUAGUUUUCAGGAUAAAAUAAUGGUUACCGUGAAAGCACUCACAUCCGUACCCCUUGUAUGGUUGUUGAACGUUAGAUUAUCGAUGCAAAUAUUCUACAUAGAUUUGGUGACCGAAAGAUUGAGGAUUAUAAAUGGCGAACUGGAACUCUUGGGAAACUCCAAUGAUGAUAUGAAUUUCACGAGUUUUCAACAGAACUACGGCAAGGUUAUUCAAAAAGUACAACAAACAUAUACGGCCAUUUGGAAAUGUUUCCGGAAAAUAAAUAGCAUUUUCGGUUGGUCUACAGUUACGCUAGUUUUGAAACUUUUUGUUUUGCUGAUCGUUACUAGUUUUUGGUGUAUCAACGGACAGAAAAGCUUCAACAAUAAUGGUUGGCUAUAUCUUGAAUCAUCAGUAAGCAUAUCAUUUAUUUUAAGCAGUCUCACAUUACUUUGCCAUUCUGCAUCGAACUGUAAAAGAGAGGCACUUAAAACAGCUGAAGCUCUAUUGAAACCAGACUUCGACUACGAAGACUUAGACGUACGUGAUUUCUUGGCUCAAAUGCAACAUCAACCGUUUAUCACAUCGGCGAAUGGUUUCUUCGAUAUAGAUUAUUGCUUGCUCGGUUCGACACUUGCAACUACCGCUACUUAUAUAGUAAUAAUGCUUCAACUGGAAGGAAACUAAAAUCACACAUUGCUCUAGUAGAUACCCCACUCAUUACUCAUUAUCGAGCUGCCAAGAAGUGUCGCGAUGCAUCUGUGCAUUUCCAUAUAGUCGCGUGCAGUGGUUCUCAAAUAAGCGGUUUUAGUGAAAAACUAAAUAAAAAGGAGUUUUAUGUAUAUACGACCAGUUCGCCGUGCAGAAAUUGUUCUUUGUACGGCGGUAACGGUUGAAAAUGUGUAUUUUUAUUCGAAAUUGCUGAUUUCGCAUAUCUUUUUAUCUGAGAUAAACUGAUACUCCAGUUUAGCUAUGUGCUUAUUGUAGGUAGACAGCUAACACGAAGAAAAAAAUAAAGUCAUGUCAAUCAUAUUGCGGUCGCAAAUAAGCAUAUUUGUGCACUGAUUUUUAUAUAAUCCCUUAUUGAGAUUGUAUUACGCUUAAAACAAUAAAAUGAAGCAUAAUAGAAGCUUGAAUUGAAAAUGAUCUCAUAAAAGGAGGAAAUAUAGUUGAUUCAAUCAUACUACACUUACAUCAACAACCAUAUUUGAUUAUUUGACAGCUCGUCUAUUCUCAUGGUACAGGGAAUAGAUAAAAUAAACGGAUCAGGCAACAUUUUCACUUUUCAAAAACUAGUCAACUAGUUGUAUCUUUUCGUUAUGUCGCAUCAAACAUUCCACUGUAAGUUGGUCAACUAGUUGUGUAGUACAAUUUGGGAAGGAUAGGGAUGUUCUACAUUAAGGGAAAAAAUCAAAAAUUGGAAAAAUUACCGAUCCCCUUCCCCCAAGGGGGGACCAAAGAGAAAAAUUCAAAAAAUUGAAAAUUAGCGGACCUUCUUCCCCAAGGGGGAACUAAGGGGAAAAGUUUGAAAAUUUGCGGACCCUCUUCCCUCAAGGUGCUGUCCUUGCGGACCUUCUUCCCCCAAGGGGGACCAAAGGAAAAAAUUCAAAAAAUCGGAAAUUUGCAAACCCUCUUCUCCCAAGAGGGGACCAAAGUGAAAAAUUCAAAAAUUUGGAAAUUUGCGGACCCACUUACCCCAAGGGGGGACCAAAGGGAAAAAUUCGAAGAAAAAUUGAAAAUUUGCGGACCUUCUUCCCCCAAGGGGGGACCAAAGGAAAAAAUUCAAAAAAUCGGAAAUUUGCGAACCUUCUUCCCCCAAUGGGGGACCAAAGGGGGGGCUAAUGGGAAAAAUUCAAAAAAUUGAAAAUUUUCGGACCCUCUUCCACCCAGGGGGGACUAUAGGGAAAAAUUUGAAAAUUUGCAGACCCUCUUCUCCCAAGGGGGGACCAAAGAGAAAAAUUCAAAAAAUUGAAAAUUAGCGGACCCUCUUCCACCAAGGGGGGACCAAAGAGAAAAAUUCAAAAAUAUGAAAAUUUG